GUACGUCACAAAUCAACCACUAGUCGACUAAUGGUCCUUGCCCGAACUUGGCCUAGUUGCCUAACUUAAUGACGCCAUCGCGUACAAGUACAAAUUACACACAGGAAAAUCUGUUUUCCUUGCUGUUUGGGAAGCUGUGGAUGAACUUGACUACGUACGCACCUCCAUUUCUACUUCUCCCACCGUACGUCCUGCCAUGAUGACAAAGCUGACCAGGUGUAGAUUGCCCUGAUGCAGUGACUUGCUCUGAGGAUAUCUAAGGAGGCGGCAGUUUCAAUCCAUAUCACCAUGCCUGUCAAACAGAAGAAGGAGCUGUAUAUCGCCAAGUCGAUGCAAGAACUCAACCUAAAGGCACAGGUUGAUACCGACAGAAACACAAAAAUAAAAAUAUACUGUCGGUCUGCUGAUAAGAUGUUUCAAGAGGCUGAAAAAGCUGACAGGAAUCAGGAUGAGGAACGUGCAUAUGUCCUGUACAUGAAGUUUACUUGCUUAGUACAGUAUAUAUUAAAAGCAAAGGAAUACAAAGCAGAUAAGGAAUAUUAUGACUCCCUUGGAGGCAUAAAGAAUGUCUUGCCUGCUAUUGAAAAGGCUGAGUCUCUUCAAAAAUCUCUAAUAAAACGUUAUGAGGAUCUAAAGGAAGAGGAAGAGAUCAAAGCCAAAUUUGAGACUGAAGAUCAGGCAUCCCAGGACAGUGUUGACAAACCAAGAGAUGCAAACAUAAAUGGAGAGGCAUUAAGACAGGAUGCUUCUCUUGAAAGUACAGACUUUGGUCAAAAUGGAGCUGUGACUGCUUGCCAACUUUACAGGCUGUUCCAGGAUAGCACAAGGAAGAUUCUUGUAAUUGAUGUGAGAUCUAGUGAGCAGUACAAGUCUUCACAUAUAAGGAACCCACAAGUUAUCAAUGUACCACAGGAAGUUAUCAAACCAGGAACCACUGUAACUCUGAUUGCUAAGGGCCUUUCAUCUGAAGUCAAGGAGAUGUGGAACAUGCGAGGUAGUGUUGAUUGUAUUGUGAUGCUCGAUUGGAAUAGUACAGCUGGAGACCUGACAAAGGGUUCCACAUUGGCAAGCUUGAAAGAUGCUCUCAGCAAGUGGGAUUCAACAAUAACUUUAAAAAUGGAGCCUGUUGUGCUGGAUGGAGGAUUUGGAAGUUGGUUGUUGCGAUAUCCUAUGUUUACCACCAAUCCCCAUGUGACCAGGCCACCGGUGGAUAGUGCCUCUUCAACAAGUUUGCACUUGUUGGAUUUUGACUAUCCAUCUCUUGAAGAUGAUCAGCCAAAGCCUGAGACCAAACCAAGCCCACCUAUUCAAAAUGGACCUGCGGCAAAGCCAUCCAUUUCUGUUGGUCGUAAUGAGCAGACAGCACUAUCUGGCAAUGAUGUCAACUCCGCAACCAGUUCUGUAUUAUCCCCUGCUUCUUCUGCUGUCAGUUCUUUCAAAAGUACCCCCACUGUCAAUAGAUCCAGCAAGCCCAAACAACUAAAUGCAAACUCAUAUCCAACGAACAUUCCUUCAGCAAUCUCAAUGAAUGAAGAUAACACCAUGGAAGUAGCAGCCAAGGUUUCUCUGAGUUCAAAUAAAGAGGAACACGCCUACAGAUCAAAAAUAAGUGUGCCUUCAGUCCCAGAUGCUGAAUCCCCUCAAUUGUCUAAUGAAAAGCCAGUGAUUCCUAAUCGAUCUCUGAAGCCAUUGGUACAAGACGAUAAGACGAAAAUUGCAGGUAAAGAGAAUGGAAAUAUUGAAGUAAUAGCUGGUGAGAGUAAUUCUAAGAAAGAGAGUGCAAUAGGCAACCAGAAUCUGAUGAAAGAAGUCAGGCAGGUGGACAAAGCAGAUAAGGAAGAGAAAACAGGAGGUGAAGGAGAGAUAGCAAGGAUGCAAAGAGAACAUCGAAUACAAGAGCAACAGGCUAAGUUGGAGCUAGAGAAAAUGAGACAGGAAAAGAUGAAAACAGAAAACAAACAGCUACGCCUCGAAAAGGCACAUAUCGAAAAACAACUCGAAGAAAAGAUAGCAGCACUGAAACGUAUGCAACAGGAGCUUGAGGCACAACGUCAACAAAAACAGAGCAAAGAAACAGUUGCUGAAGAUGAACAGCAUCGAUUGCAGAAGGAAGAAAGAGAGAAGAAAGAAGCUGAUGGAGGAUGUGAUGCAAAACCACUACGGUUGAGUGCAAACCAAGGUGUCAAACAAGAUGUCAAACUGCAGGAUGAAGCUUUGCCUAAGCUAACGGCAAAAACUUUAGAUUCUCCAGUAGAAGGAGAUUCAGAGCCUCAAUUACAAGAGGAGAUAGGUAAUCACAAAACCUCACGUGAAGAUACAAGGAAGCCAGCACAACCAGUUAAUAAGCAUCAACAACAUGCCUCAUCUACACCAGUCACUUCUAUGUCUGCCCCAUCAGUUCCCAUCUCAACGCCAUCCAAUACUAUGCAGAUAUCAAGCACUGGUACUACUUCAACAUUACCUGCUGGCUGGGAGAAGAAGCUUCAUCUUACCAGCAACAAGUAUUAUUACAUAGAUCAUAAUACAGGGACUACUCACUGGAGUCCUCCUACUAUUGGACCAGGGGGAGCAGCAACAACAGCUACUGCAUCAUCUACAAAGCCUGUUACAACAGUAUCUUCUGAACAACGGCUUGACACCAGAGGAUCAGGAUCUCCGUCAAAGACUUCAACUCCGUCUUCUACCACCAAGACUCGCUUGAAGUCGGACUCAUCAGAGGCUCCUCAAUCCAACUUGAAGAGAUCAUUUUCAUCACCAAAUGUUGCACAGAUGGUCAUUAAUGAACAGGAGGAGAUACCUCGAAUUCCAUCUGUUAACAGAGCUAACAAGCCAAUACAAAGGAUGCCAUCUUCUUCAAUAGUACAGUCAGCACAACCUAAAAUACUGCCAUCUGUCACACGGGCACGCAACCUCAAUCCAGUCUAUGGUAACCAAGGACGAUCGCUAACUGGCUUACGUAACCUUGGAAACACAUGCUUCAUGAACUCGGUAGUCCAGUGCUUAAGCAAUUCAACACCGCUAACUUACUACUUCAUCACUGACAAGUAUGUUCCUGAUAUCAAUAGGCAAAAUCCACUUGGUCGUGGGGGUAAUGUGGCGCAGGAAUUUGCUGUAGUGAUCAAGGCUAUUUGGUCAGGUCAGUAUCGAUCCAUCUCACCACUAGACCUCCGUGACACCGUCACCAAGUAUGUUCCUGAGUUUCGAAAGAACAUCGGUCACCACCAUGACUCACAGGAAUUUCUCUUAUUUCUACUGGAUGGAUUACAUGAAGAUCUCAAUCAGGUUAAGAAGCGAGAGUACAUCAAAGAGGAAGAAUUAGAGAAGUAUCCUGACCAGACAGCUGCUGAAAUAUCCUGGACAUAUCACAACCGACUCAACCAGUCCAUCAUUGUUACAUUGUUCCAAGGCCAGUUUAAAUCAACAGUCUGCUGCUUGUCAUGUGGUCACAAAUCUGUCAAGUUUGAGGCAUUCAUGUACUUGUCACUGCCUCUUCCUUCGUCAAGCCGAUGCACAUUACAGCAAUGUCUCAAGAAAUUCUCAACAGAGGAAAAAUUGAGUGGAGACAAUGCUAUUUACUGUUCCCGAUGUAAAACCAACAGGGAUUCUGCUAAGGUCAUCCUCAUCUGGAAGCUACCCCGUAUCCUUCUAAUACAUCUCAAGAGAUUUUACUAUGAAGGCAUGUGGCGUCAGAAGCUUCAGACUAUGGUUGAUUUCCCUCUACAUAACAUGGACAUGUCACCUUAUACAAGAGGACCCAAACCACCCAAGCCAUACUACUUAUAUGCAGUCUCUAACCACAUUGGAACUAUGGAUGGAGGACAUUAUACAGCUUGUUGUCUGAAUGUCAACAACAACCGUUGGUACAAGUUUGAUGAUCAUGAAGUGCAUGAUGCAUCGCAAAGUAACAUAAAGAGUGCAGCAGCCUACAUCCUUUUCUAUUCUUCAAUGGACCAGCUUAUUCCAUAGAACUUCAUUGCAGUUUAUGUGAUGUUGCUAGUAACACUUCAUCAACUUCAAGAUUUAACCCUGUAAGUUAAUACAAGUAACUGUAUGCAAUGCAGAACAGGUAAACUUCUAUUAAAAUGGGUAUUAUUGGAUCGUUAUUAUCAA